GAUGAUGCCGGGCCAAUGGCGAUGCGGCGAUUUCCGCGGCGCCGCUAUAAAGGCGGCUCCCGAGCCCCAGUCCCGUAUCGGCGUUCUGCUGAGGUGGUAGCUGCUUGGAGAGAGAGAGAAGCUGUGCUUGCAGCCAUGCCCGAGCCGGCCAAGUCCGCCCCCGCGCCCAAGAAGGGCUCCAAGAAGGCGGUCACCAAGACCCAAAAGAAAGGGGACAAGAAGCGCAAGAAGAGCCGCAAGGAGAGCUACUCGAUCUACGUGUACAAGGUGCUGAAGCAGGUGCACCCCGACACGGGCAUCUCGUCCAAGGCCAUGGGCAUCAUGAACUCCUUCGUCAACGACAUCUUCGAGCGCAUCGCCGGCGAGGCGUCGCGCCUGGCGCACUACAACAAGCGCUCCACCAUCACGUCGCGGGAGAUCCAGACGGCCGUGCGGCUGCUGCUGCCCGGCGAGCUGGCCAAGCACGCCGUGUCCGAGGGCACCAAGGCUGUCACCAAGUACACCAGCUCCAAGUAGGGCGUCUCGGACCGUCACUUGCAACCCAAAGGCUCUUUUAAGAGCCACCCA